GUGCGGCUCCAGCUGCCUCCCGGUUGGAGGAGAGGGAUGUUUCCACAGAGCUGUGCUGGAGCACAGAGGGGCUGUUCCCUCAGUCCGUCCGGAGCAGCGGCUGGCUUCACWGCUGGGGGACGAGGUGGCAACUGAACAACGCGUUUCACAGUGAUGGCAUUGCCUGUGUGACUGUGCUGGUAACCCUGCUGCUGCAUGUAAGGAAAAGGCAGAGGCAUCUUGACAAAAGACCGAUCUAAAGUCAGAACGGAAGAAAAUAACUUACCAGCAUUAACAAAUGCCACCAUGUACAGUGUGGAGGACCUGCUCAUCUCUCAUGGAUACAAGCUACCCAAACAUCCCACAUCCUCCACCCCUACGCCUGUCCCCGUAUCCUCGUCUCGUCAGCCCCCCUCAUCCUCGCCUCCAUCCUACAGCAAGCACCAUAAAGUCCUGGAGAACAGGCCCAGCCCCAGGACGKUGAACGGCUAUGAGAGGGGGCCAGUCAUGGCCUUGGGAAGCAGCGGUGGAAUGAGACAGGGCCAGGCAUUUGGCGGCGGCUGUCCCAGCAACAACAAUGAACCCAGGGAUGGGAGCCAGCCAAAACGGGAUGCAGAGAACCGGGGCCAAACUGACACCCAUUCGUUAGGGGAGUCACUGACAUCAGACAGUGGUUUUUGUGAUGGCAACAGAGGCCCACAGUCGCAGUCCAAGGAUGUUUCCUUUUGGAGGAGGAGAGGCCAGGACUUCACUGUGCUGCUGGACUACGCUGACUUCAGAGAACCCCAUGGAAGGGAACAGGAGGGGUACGGUGGACCUGAAGGGCCUCAACAAGCAAGAGGUCAAGAGCGGUCAAUAGAAGACCGUCAGAGGGCAGCUCAAGAGAGGCAGCGCUGGGCAGCCCAAGUCCAGGCUCAGGCCCAAGCUCAAGCAAAGGCCCAGGCUCAGGGCCGCUCUAAAGAGAGGGAGGCGGCUCUCCAUCAGUGGAGAAUGGCAAAUGAGAGGAAGUGCCAGAGCCUGGGGGCAGACGAGUGGCAUCCAACUGUGAGCUUUGGCCGUCAGCUGUCUCAAAGUGAGGGUGAACGCUGGGCACAGGAGCAGCAGCGGCUCGGUGCCAGAACACCAGAGGGUAUGGUAGUUCACCCCAGGACCAAAGCCAAAUCCCAGUCCCUGCCCAGAAUGCUGCAGCCUGAAAGCCUGCAGUAUGUGGACGUAGCAUUGACUGGUCAGGAGCUGUACAGGCGGGUCAACGGCCACCCGCUGUCUUACCAAAACUUUUACAGGGCGCCCCGCUGGCCAGAGAAUGGAAGGCCAGCUAGCGCCAACCAACUCUCAAUGACACCAAAGCCUCGCUUUACCCGACCCCCCAGACCUCCUUCAUAUGAGAUGCACCAGCAGAUCAGGGGAAGCUGUGAGGUGCUGUCUGGCAGAGAGUCUGUCCCUCUCCAGGGAAGGGACAGAACUCCGAUUCCCAUAUCAAGAACUACAGACCCUCACUUGGACUACUUUGCACAGGAUUCUGGACCCCCAGGAUACAUCCCUCCUCCAUCAUAUAAAAGAGUUCCUAUAAUGGGAGGAGGGAGCCGAGGAUAUGGUGAUGUUCCUGUUGACUACAGGUACAGGGGUGGUGUGUAUCAGCAAAUACAAGUGGCUCCUGAUGGAUCUCACUGGUUCAUCCGACACCCAGCAAGUUCUUGGCCUGGUCCCCAUAGAGAAAGGAGUACAUCCAGCCAGAAGCAGCUGUACCCUGUCUAUUCCACCCAAGAACGACCAGGAAGAGGAGGAGUCCAGUAUAUCUCAUUUGAUGAUCCCCGUAUUCGUCACAUUUCCUCAGCCCUGGGUGGCAACUCCCUAACAGAUGCUGACAAAAUUCGCCACAUCUGUAAUGAGCUUCCCAGUGUCACCGUGUCAGAGCCGGCGCCUGACGACAGUGCCUUUUUGCCCCCGCCACUGGGGCCUUUUAUCUCUGCCAAAAUGGGAGAGAAAGAUAAGCAGAUGUCUUCUAGCAACUUUGACAGCGUCAACAAGAGGUGGCAAAGUGAUUUGCACAAACAAACUAUUGAUAACUUCCCAGCAUCUGACCAAAACUGUAACAACAGACAUACCAAGUCUCAACUUUUUUCUUCAUCACCCUCUUCAGCCUUUCAAGCUCUUUUCGCAAGAACCUCUUCUCAUCAGGGUUCCAGCUCAGAUCAGGUCUUUGCCGAAACUAUAACUCAAGUAAAGACAAUUGUACCCGAGUCAGGAUUAGAAAACAAUAGGAACCCCAAGAGGAGAGUUAGUGAGACCAUUUUCUGCCUUGUGUCUGUUCCUGUUCACACACCAACCAACAUCAGCAAAGAUUUAACAGCCGAUCAGAACAACAAUGAGGCAGUACCAAACCUGACCAUCACCAAGACUGACACUUUUGCUGUAGGCCUCAAAGAGAGACCAAACAUUCGUAGCAAGUCUGUGAAUGAAAUGCCUAUCAGAUCACAAUAUUCUCACUUUCACACCAGCAGCACAUCCUCAAUGAGGAAUUACAAGCGAGCUCCCUUAAGAAAGGAGGUAAUAGAUGCCUGGGUACUCCAAGCGAAUGAAGACAAAGAGUCAUGCUAUACUGGCUCUUGGCCUGGAAACCAGUAUCGUAAUCAGGAAACUCAGACUGGCUCACCUGUAAAAGGUGUUAAAAGUCCAGACCCCCAGAGCUCUACUGUAGGACAGGAGCCUAUUCAGUCUGUUUCCAAUACAACUGUGGGUAACAAUUUUGGUACAGACAGCUCCUCUUCAUAUGGUUAUCCUAUGGCAGGUCAAAAACACCUUCAUCCCUCCAGCAACAGCGCCUUUUCCCGUCUCAGCAUCAGUCCAACACAAACGUCAUCAUUUCAGCCCUCACAACAGGACCCAUCUUCUCCUUCCAAAGCGCAAAAUCAAGGAGAGGACCAACCAUCCUCUCCAAAGAAAAACAGUUCUCCAGAAAAUACAGAGUCAGUGGUUUUUGGUCAGUUCCUCUUAAAGCCGGUGAACCGACGACCCUGUGAUGCCAUUGGUGAAUUGGAGACUAUCAAUAAGGAGAUGGAAGACACAAUCAGCAAGAGACCAAAUUUGGGCCAGUUCCUUAAUAAGGUUGACGGUGUAGAUAAGAGACUCGACUGUUUGAAAUCAGGGGCACGUUAUACUGCUGGUCCAGAACUAGGCCGAGAAGCAAUAAGCCUUCCACCUAUACACAUAGAGAAGCCCAACCUCAUAAUAAAGAGGUCAAAAUCAUUUGGCUGCAGUCCUGAUCUCGAAUCCAUUGAAAUAAGUAGCUCUUUCUCUAGGCCACAGGCCAACAACAGCGCCCUGCUCCUUAGCUCAGGCCCCAGAGAAAGUUUCCUUCAAUCUUCUGUCCUCCCUCACAACGACUCAAGCCAGCUCUAUAGACAGGACAUCCCAGUCCCUCAAGAAUCCUUAUUGAGGGAUGUGGGACUAACUGUUUACACAGAAACUCCUGGUGGGCCUGGAAGACCAAUACAGCGCUCACUCUCAGUUCCAUCUCCACUCAAUCUAAAGAAUCCUAAUCAGUCAAAAACUAGUGGCAGCUUUCAGCACAGUUCAGAUGAAGAACUUGUUUCUAGAGUGAAUAUUGAGAAAAACGCUGCAUCAGAAAUGAUUCCACCAUGCAGGAAUGAAAUUAAUGUUUUUAGAAAAAGGAAUGAAAGUUGUAUAUCACCUCAGAAAGAUGGCUCAUCACCUAACACAAAGCAGACAUUGGAGGUUUCUUAUGCAUUUGAGGAUGACGGUAAUGAUGACAGGUAUGCACUCUCUGAAUCUCUGACCUAUAAAAAUGACUCUACAAUAGCAGAUAAGCACUUGGAGAGCUUACUUAUUCAGGAGAAAGCUAAUUCCUUACCUGCAGAGGACCUCAGUAACCUGUAUGAGGUCCAGUGUGCAGAUGGAAUUCCUGAAAAUGAGUCCAUAGCAGAGAGAGCAGCACGAAUCUUGGGUAUAUCUGUUCCAGUAGAGGCCUUUUGUGUGUCUGACCAGGCUGAUGAUAGCCAGCUUAAUGCAGGCACGACUCUAGCUGAGGAACAGCAAAGUUCGAAUGAAGAAACGCAGCAUGUGUUGGAAAAGUGUGUGCAAGUUGUUGAAGAGUCUCUGAUAGUCCAUGAAGCAAAUACAGAGAAAGUCACUGAGACAGGAUCAGUGUUGGAUCAAGAACAAGAAGAAAUGGAGCAAACGCACAGCUAUAACCACAAUGAUGGCAGAGACAACCAGGAUACAGACAGUCAAUCAGUUCUUGACCUUCCCGAGUUCCCACCUAAUAAACUUCCCCUGUCCCUGCCCGUCACUCCAGAUGAAAAGCUGGCACAUAGCAUGUGUAUGGUAGAGAAGAAAGGAAGAGGUGGAGCAUUUAAACUAAUUGAAUCACUGCAAGAUAGGCUGAACUGUUCUGCAGUUUCAUCCUCUAAAACUCAGACCAGUUUAAUUACAGACAGAAUGGCCCGUUUCAAAGAACUGGACUCGGUGUCUCGAAUAAGACGCCUCAGCUUGAAAAGUCCAGAAACUGAAGAAGAACCUGAGACUAAUGAGGGAACCGAAGGAUCAACAAAAUAUAAAGUUCAUCAAGAUGAGGAAAAACAGGAUGAAAAUGGAAGUAAAAAAGAGGAAAAUCAAGAUGAUUGUGGUAAUGAAAAUAUUAAGUUGGGAGAUACUGAAGAUGACAUUGAUGAGGGAAGUAAGAAAGAGCAAAAACAAGAAGAAGAGGAGAACACUAUUGGAGUUGCACUAAAAGAGGACAAUGAGCAAAGUAAGGAAAUAUAUGAAGGAGAAACAGAGUUAAAAAUAGUGGAAGAAGACUCUGAGAACACUUUGAAGAAUGUAAAAGAGGAACACAAUGCAGCGGUCUUUAACAGAGUCAAAUUAACUCAACAUGCAGAGAGAGGAAAGUUACCCGUACCAAAGCAGCGCACCAGGUUCCAGAAACCUCCUCUACUUCCCAAACCUCGCAGUGUUCCCAAGAGAGAAAUAACUCUGCCACCAAGCUUCAGCUCUGGGACCUGUGGCCCCACAGAGCUGGAUGAUGAGGAAAUGCUUUCUGUCUCAGACUCCUAUGACCCCAGUCGGGUAGAGAAGGUGUAACCUCCGACCACUGCCUUUACCACUGUGGAAAUUGGUCUUUCUCAAGUUAACAGCUUUUUCCAACGACAAAGACUUUCAUCUCACCUCGUGGCUCGGUCAGCUGUGACCCCCCUCUCUUCAGAAUAAGUUACACAUGACUUCUCACAGGACUGACUAUCCCGGUGCUGCCAGAGCAUUUUUAUAGCCAAUAAAAGCUACCGCUGGGUGCUGGUUCUCCAGGUUAAUUCCGUCUCUAUCACCAGUGUCCUUCCAUCCUUUCCGCCUCAGAGCUGAUUCGUUUUUCUCAACCAAGUGGACUUCCUUUAUUUACAGGUUUGUCUUUUGCUUUUGGAAGCUGCUUGUCAUUAUUGCCAUCCGCUCUCGUGCUCUACGAAGAGCUUCCAUGUUGAAACAUGAAUGUAAAAGUGCUUCUGUUCAAAAAGCAAACAAAAGAAAUGUAACGAAACAUAAGAGUAUUGCAUUACAAUCACUAUUAACCUACAAUAAAUGUAAAUAAGAGUUA